AUGGAGACACUGACCAGAGCUGCCCCCAGCCCUGUGCCGGUGGAGCCGGUGGAGCCGGUGGUGCCGGUGGAGCCGGUGGUACCGGAGGCGCCGGAGGUGCCGGGCGGGCAGCGGGCGGCGGAGCUGCGGCUGGGGCUGGGGGGCAGCCCGCUGAGGGAGGUCAGCCCCGCGUUCCUCUCCCUCACCCUGGACGCCAGCCUGGCCAGAGACCCUCGAUAUGUGGCACUGCUCAGCUCCCCCAGGCUGCGUGCCCUGGCCAGGGCCCUGGCCCCAGGCUUCCUGAGGUUUGGUGGCACCCAGACAGAUUUCCUCAUCUUUGACCCCCACAAGGAUUCAACUCUGGAAGAAAAAACCCUCUGGGAGCUGCAGGCCCAGCAAGCUUGUGGCCCCAGGCCUGCAUUUGCUGCCCUGCAGAGGCUGCUGCUGGCCCAGUGGCCCAGCCAGGAGCAGCUGCUGCUGGCAGAGCACAAGUGGAGGCAGCACAAGAACACCACCAUCACAGGGCACACUCUGGACAUCCUGCAGGGCUUUGCCAGCUGCUCAGGGCUGCAGCUCAUCUUCGGGCUCAACGCUCUGCUGCGCAGGGAGGGCCUGCAGUGGGACAGCUCCAACGCCCAGGCCCUGCUGGGCUACUGCUGCUCCAGGGGCUACAACAUCUCCUGGGAGCUGGGCAACGAGCCCAACAGCUUCAGGAAGAAGUCUGGCACCGCCAUCGAUGGGCAGCAGCUGGGGAAGGACUUCCUGCACCUCCGGCGGCUGCUGGACAGCUCCGGCCGCUACCGGCAGGCAAAGCUCUACGGCCCCGACGUGGGGCAGCCCCACAAGCGCUCCCGGAGCCUGCUGAGGAGCUUCCUGAAGUCCGGGGGCAAGGCCAUCGAUGCUGUCACCUGGCACCAUUACUACGUGGACGGACGAAGCGCCACCAGGGAGGACUUCCUCAGCCCCAGGGUGCUGGACACCUUUGCCACAGCUCUGCAACAAGUCCUGGAGAUCGUUGCUGGGACUGUGCCUGGCAAGAAGGUGUGGCUGGGAGAGACGAGCUCUGCCUACGGGGGGGGAGCCCCCAGCCUGUCCAACGCUUACAUUGCAGGCUUCAUGUGGCUGGACAAGCUGGGGCUGGCAGCCAGGCAGGGCAUCGACGUGGUGCUCAGGCAGGUGUUCUUCGGAGCAGGCUCCUACCACCUGGUGGAUGCCAACCUCCAGCCCCUGCCGGACUAUUGGCUCUCCCUGCUCUACAAGAAGCUGGUGGGCACCAAGGUGCUGAAGGUCAGCCUGGCAGGAGCUGAUGAGAGGAAGCUUCGAGUCUACCUCCACUGCACCAACAGCCUGCACCCCAGGUACAGAGAGGGGGAUGUGACCCUGUUUGCCUUGAACCUCUACAACACCACCCAGCAGCUGCAGCUGCCACAGCACCUCCUGAGCAAGCAGCUGGACCAGUACCUCCUGCUGCCCCAUGGCAGAGAGAACCUCCUGUCCAGGUCCGUGGAGCUGAACGGCCGCCUGCUGCGGAUGCCGGAGGAGCAAACCCUGCCCGAGCUGCCCGGCCGCCCCCUGGGGGCUGGCAGCCUGCUGCCCCUCCCUGCCUUCUCCUAUGGCUUCUAUGUCAUCAGGAAUGCCAAGGCCCUGGCCUGCAUCUGA